GAGCUGCUGAAAACUCCUCCAUCUCUGGAGUGAAGGAUUUAUUUGUGUUUUACUUUUUUUAAUUAUUAUUUUUAUUCCCUUGGUGUGAAUACUUGGGAAUAAGGAGACUUUGCUGGUGACGCGGCUGCCCAGGGGGGCGGGGGGGAAACGAGAAAGGAUGGCAGCCUGGUUCACCUUUACCAUCGCUUCCACGUUGAUAUCACAGGUGUUUGGGUCGGGAGUUUUUGAGCUGGAUCUGCGCGAAUUUACAAACUACAGGGGUUUGCUGGCCAACGGGAACGCGUGCCAGCCCAGCUGCAGGACUUCUUUUAAAAUUUGCUUGAAGAACUAUCAGGCCGUGGUGUCGCCGGGGGACUGCAUCUUUGGAAGUACAACGACGCCGGUGCUGGGGAUGAACUCUUUCAGCGCCAAGGACACUUUACAGGGACACGUUCAGAUCCCCUUCAGGUUCGGGUGGCCGGGCUCAUUUUCAUUAAUAAUUGAAGCCUGGCAUUCACCUCAUGGAGAUCUACCUGUAGAUAAUAACCCAGACUUCAUAAUUAGCUUUUUUGCCAUCCAAAGACAGCUGGGUGUGGGAACUGACUGGUCCCAGGACACACUAACCGGAGAACACACCGAGCUGAAGUAUUCGUACCGGUUCAUCUGCAACGAGAGUUACUACGGCGAAAAUUGUUCCAAAAAAUGCACGCCUAGAGAUGACCGGUUUGGCCACUACACCUGCACCCGAGACGGGCAGUUAUCCUGUCUUCCCGGCUGGAAAGGAAAAUACUGUGAAGAACCCAUUUGUCUCGAGGGUUGCAGCGAGAGGAAUGGAAACUGCUCCCAACCCGGGGAGUGUGUAUGCAGAAAAGGCUGGCAAGGCACUUUCUGUGACGAGUGUAAGAAGUACCCGGCCUGCAAGCACGGUACCUGCCAGCUGCCGUGGCAGUGUAACUGCCAGGAGGGCUGGGGGGGCCUAUUAUGUGACCAAGAUCUGAACUUCUGCACACAUCACCGUCCCUGUUUGAACGGCGCCACCUGCAUGAACACGGGCCAGGGGAGCUAUACGUGCACUUGCUUUCCUGGAUUUACGGGGGUCAACUGUGAGCUGGAGAUGCAGGAGUGUGACAGCAAUCCCUGCAGGAACGGAGGGAUAUGCACAAACUUGGAGAGCGGCUACAUGUGCACAUGUCCCCAAGGCUUCGAGGGCCCCCACUGCGAACACAACCUGCUGACAUGCGCCGACUCUCCGUGUUUCCACGGCGGUAAAUGCUGGGAGAAAGACAGUGGGCGCAGCUACAUGUGUGAGUGUCCCCCUGGCUACACUGGACUCAACUGUGAGAAGAGGAUGGAUAAAUGCACGUCGCUUCCCUGCGCUAAUGGUGGUCUCUGUCUACUCCAAGGAGGCAUGCGCAUGUGUAGCUGCCGAGCGGGCUUCACCGGACCGCGCUGCGAAAUAAACAUCAACGAAUGCGCUGGUAACCCCUGCCUUAACGGAGGUACCUGCCAAGACAGGAUAAAUGACUAUUUCUGCGCUUGUCCGGCGGGAUACAGCGGACGCAACUGCGACAGAGUCCUGGAUGAGUGUUCCCUUCGACCCUGCCUCAACGGAGGUGUUUGCACUGGAGGUGGCGGGCCAGGCAAGCCUCCAGCGACCUGUGUCUGCCCUUCCGGCUUUACCGGGCCUAGAUGCGAAUCCUUUGCCACCUUCAGUCCCCCGGGGGACGAUGGCUUCCAGUGGGCGGCUAUCUCUCUGGCUGUGGGUCUGGUGGCGCUGCUUGUGCUGCUGUGUAUGGUGGGCCUGGCUUUACGGCACAUACACAGGCAGGCCCGAAGGCAGCGGGAAGAAACAAAGACUAUGAACAAUUUAUCCAAAGUUCAGGGGGAUAACUUGAUCCCAACAUCCCAGCUGAAAAACACCAACCAGAAACUCAGUCUGGAGGUGGACUGUGACACAGAAAAAUCAAACUUUAUCCAUAAAAAUUACCACUUGGACUUUUACAACUCUAAAUCAAAAGAAUUCACGGACGAAAAGUCGCAAGAGGAUAAAAGUCUUAUUUAUGACAAGUGUUUAGAAGAUAAAAUGCCUUUGAGUAGAAUGUACAGUGAAAAGCCUGAGUGUAGGAUAUCUACAAUAUGUUCCUCAAGAGACUCUAUGUACCAGUCGGUAUUUGUUAUAGCAGAGGAGAGGAAGGAAUGCGUCAUAGCGACUGAGGUAUAAACUGAAAGGGGGUCAGAAAGGCUUGAAAGGAGGACCGAGACACAAUCGAGGCAGAAUAUAAUAUUCUGGAUUGUUUACAAAUGCUGAAAAGAGACUGGAGAUUAAGAUGUUUUGCCGCUGCUCUGGAACACUCAAAGAGCUGGAGAGGACAGAAUCUUCUGCUCUGAAAAUAAAAGACAAAAA